AUGCCAGAGGACACGACACCGGCUGCGAACCACCCACAAGGCGAGACACUAGCAGCCCUGAAAGCGGUCCUCGACGCACCAUGGGACGCGCCCUUACACAUAGUGUCAUCAUCAGCCCAACUGGCGGAAGGCAUGACACAAAAGCUCCCACUCUGGGAGGACCGAGGGUGGAUAGAAGUAGAUGGGGCGACGUACACAAGGGCCCUGGUAAACCAACUCAGACAACGAUGUGCCAUCACCACUUUCCGAACACCCCGAAGUGGAGGCGAAAAGGACACCAUGCUUGCAGCACGAGACCACGCUGUAGCAUCAUAUGUCCAAAGUCCACCCCAGCAUGUCCCGCCCCGGGUAACAAAAUCCUUCGACCUGUCCGGGGCGAAGAUGUCCACACUGACACAAGCCCUAGCAUACCGCGGCAUACGGGCAUCUGCCACCGCGACUGAGAGGCGCACCACGAACAAGCACCUCUCGGAAAUACGUGCCUGCCUGGCACCCAGGAAAGGCCCUGUACAAGACGGAGAGAUAUGGAGCGAAAUCCGCCAUGCCGAUAUUCGCCGUGUAAUAACGGAUUUUCUCUGGAAAAGCAUACAUGGCGCAUAUCGUAUCGGAUCCUACUGGAAGAACAUACCCGGCUACGAAGAAAGGGCGAAAUGCAGGCUCUGCGGUGUGACCGAGUCAAUGGCCCAUAUCUUGACGGAAUGCGCCGCGCUAGAACGGUGGCUGAUAUGGGGCUAUGUUGAAAGGGCCUGGACCCGAACGGGUAGAGCCUGGUCCAUGCCGUCGUGGCCGUCGAUCCUCGCCGCUGGCCAGGCUACACCGGCGCGAACGAACGGUAAGCCCCCUAGAGACAACGCGGUGAGACUCUGGCGCAUACUUCUGACUGAGGCCGCCUACCUUAUAUGGUGCAUGCGAUGCGAAAGAGUCAUACGACAUGAAGACGAGGCAGCAUGGCAACACGACGAGCGCAGCGUCGCAGGACGGUGGUACCUAUCCACAAACAGACGCUUGAGGCUCGAUAUCGAGAGCACACACUCGCGUUUUGGCAGGCUGGCGCUAAAGCGCCAAAUAGUCCUCGACACAUGGCACCAACUCGUUUGGGACGUUCAGGCGCUCCCUGACGACUGGACCUCGGUCCGAUGGGUUUUAGUGGGUAUUGACCCGACCAUAGUUAAUAACGCUGGUCCUGGGUCCUGA